UCCUCACGGUCUAUGUUCUACGAGCUUCACACACGCCAUUUUUAUUUAUAUGUGUGUGGAGCAGCGGAGUGGAUUGUGCGAUAGAUUCGUAAUAGCCAAGUUCGUCAGGGAAAUGUGUUGCCUCGCAAUAUGUGUGUGAUGCGAACCGUUGGUGCGUGCGACGCGCGACAUUUUCGCGUACAUUUGGCGUGAAGGGGUGACGGGCUAUUCGUGCGAACGCUCGACCGUGGUGGUCGUCCGUGAACGCUGCAACGUUCUUCCCAGCACUCUUCUAGAUAAGAUGGACCAUCGCCAAAAGAUGGUCGUAGUUUCUCAACAAUCAAAAGUCAAAAUCGACGACGACGACGACGAGGAUGUGGAAGCACUGAGGUUGGCAGCGCUCAAGUCGCUACGAACAAAGGAUGCCACGCAUAAGAGGCCGGCGCUUUCGCAGGUGCAGAAAGUACAACCGCAAAUAACGCAGUCGUCCCGUUUCUCGUAUAAAAAUCAGCGGCCUAUGAAAAAGAAUUGCUAUCACAACAGGGUGCAACAGAGGCAGAAUGGCAAUGUGUAUUAUCAGAGCCCUCGUAAUCCAAACUUGAUAGCGAUAGUUCCUGUGGAUGAACCUUCUCCACUUCAACAAGCCCAAUUGACUUGCUCCGUAGAUAAGACUGAGCCAUGUGUAGAAUCGUACCCUCAAGAAGUAUCGAAAUUCCAUCGUUUCAAAGACAGCGGAAGCGCCUCUGAGGAAGAGGAUGUAAAGGAGCAGAAGAGCGCUGUGAGCUUUAUAAAGACGGAAGUUAUAACGAAAGAGGAAGCGGUCGAAUUUUCGGUAAAAGCCGAGAGUCAGGAGGAAACUACAGAGAGUCAGCAAAAGAACGGUGACGAAGAAGAAGAUGGUAACGACGACGAUGACGACAUACUUUUAAUGGCUGAUCUCGAGGAAGAAGAUAGUUUAGAGCGUUUAAUGGACGAGAUGGAAAAGGAAAUGAACGAUGAAACUAAGUUGUCUGAUAAGAGAGAGAAGAAAUUGCAUAAGGGCGAAGCUAAGGCUACAGUGAAGGGUGACGAGGGAAGUAAGAGUGUAGAUCAGAAGACGAGAACGGACGACAGCUACGGUAAGAAGGAAAGGAACAACGUUACUACCUCCCUGACUACAAUUGUCAAGAACGACCGAAGAUCGGUCUCUCCACACGCGAUAAGCCGAAUUAGUCAAAAGCGCAGAUCGUUGUCUCCAAGGUCGCGACCGCGCAAGAAAUCGCCAAGAAGAUCUCCCAGAAGAUCCCCGAUCAGACAACUGAAAAAGUCACCGCGAGAAACGUCGGCGCGAUAUAGAUCACCUCCAUUGUCACGAUACUCCCCUAGGUCUAGAUCACCCAGACUCUCGCCGCGCAGAUCCCCAAACAGGACGUCUACGAAGAGAUCACCGCUCAGGAAAUUAUCACCGAGGGGCAGAUCGCCCAAGCUCUCGUCGCGCUCCAGAUCGCCCCGACCGUACAGAUCGAGAUCACCGAGACGAUCCAAGUCUCCAAGGCCGCGUUCGCCCAAGAUAUCGCGCUCCAGAACGCCACGAUUGUCGAGAUCGAGGUCGCCGAGGUAUUCACCGCCGCUUAGGUCUCCCAGAUCCAAAUCACCUAGAUUAUCCCCGAGAAGAGUGUCGCCACGUCGAUUACGGUCCAGAUCCAGGUCUCCCGGCUUGUCUUCUCCCCGGAGAGGAUCGUCCCGCUUGCGAUCGCCAAAAGCAUCACCGCGUAGAACAUCACCGCGUAGAACAUCACCGCGUAGAACAUCACCUCGAUUGAGAUCACCGCGACUUUCACCGCACAGGUCACCGUGGUCGUCCCCGAGACAUUCGCCCCGUCUCUCACCACGACGGAAGCGAUCCCCGAAAUGGUCACCCAAGGAAUUGCCCAGAAAGCACGGUCCACGUUCAGUCACUCCAGAUAAUCGAGAUGGAUAUAUGAGAGAACCGUCUCCUAUUUUCAAAGGUACAACAACGCCAGAGAUGCCCAGAACAAAAGCAAAGCAGAAAGAUGAAGUAUAUGAAAGACCAGCAACGGAAGUAGCGAAGGAACCUGUUGAUACGAUUAGUGAUCCUGUCUUAGAGGCAAGGAGAAAGAAGUUUGAGUCUACACAGCCUAUCGAUCCUGUAAAUGCCAAUAAAAAGAUUAAAUUAUCCAAAAAACACACCACAAAUACGAAAGUGGAGUCUUCAGAAGAAACGGAAAUUCAGUUAAGUGGCGCAAGGAGAGUAAAUAAAGCUGUGGAGGAGUAUGAUGUUCAGGAGGUGGAUUUAUGUUUAGAAGUAGAUUACGAGCUUGAAGAGUGUGAGGAAGCGAUGGAAAACACAUCGCCGGGCGCUUUUACAAGUGCUAUAACCACAUGUAUAGAUACAGAGCCACAAAAAACGGAGAAAGAAAAACCUUCCAAGAAAAAGAAGAAGCGUGACAAGGAAUUGUAUCAAGUAGGAAAAUUGAAGAACGAACUACCGCUUUCCGAACGCAUCGGAAAGGACAAGAAGUGUAAAAAGCGUAAAGAUGUAGCCGCCGAACCAGACGUGGAUGCUAUAUUUGAAGAUAUAACCAUAGACGAAGAAGGAGACUUACGAACGGAACUUAGCAGAAGACGAGCGGAAAGAUUGAACAGAACAGUGCCGAUUCAGUCCGCCAGAUUGGUGCAGUCAGCUUUUAAAGGUGUAGUUAAUGAAGCUGUGAAAAAUAAUGCAAAAACCAAUCAGAGGCAUAUCAUUAAUACUGAUGAGAAACCUAAUCAAAAGGAAGUUAGACGAGUUACUGUACUACACAGAACAUUAACUGAGUUACAUGAUUCUGAAGACGAAACUACUCUUGAUUCGAAGGUACCUGUGCGUCUCAGAUUGGGACUCAAUAAGCAAGUGCAAGAGUCCAGAGAGUCCAAGGUUACUCGAAAAGCAACCAAGAGACAGGGUCGUAAGGUAAAGCACAAAAAUCAUUUGUCUCUAAAAGAUCCUGAAUAUAUUUUGUAGUGUAAAGUAUGGCUUUAUAUCUCUACUUUAGAUUUAUAAGUAGUGUGAUAUUUUGUGAUACUAUCAAGCUAAGUAUACGACAGAUACAUCUUGAAAUAUUGUUCAUAUUUUUAUUGAUCACAAUAGAAUGACGAUUGAAAGAUAUCAAAUAAUGAAAUCUUUAAAUUAUGCUCUAUAAUUUGUUAUAAUUUAAUAAAUUAAAACAAUGCAAUCUGAUGUAAUUUGAAAUAGUUAACUGUUAUAAUUGAAUUAAUGAAUUGAAUUGACGAAUAGAAUUUUUUAAUGUGCUUAUUAACGAGAAAAGUUGACAUUUUAAUUGAGAUUACUUUUUAUUUAUUAGGCGGACAAUAUUUUUUUCGUUAGAAACUAUCGAGUGACAUAUUAUCAUAAAAAAUUUUCCAACAAAGUUAUGUGAAAUUAUCUAAAGAACAAUAUUGCGUGCCUUUCAAUAAUAACGAGAAAACAGUAUAAAUGGCGCGAGAUAAUUUGCAUUAUUGAAUUUUAUUAAGGGAAUGAAAAGCAUGUUUUCGUGACGUAGAUAUAGAUUUUGAUAAAAAUACUAUUAGGAGAAAAAAAAUCACUAUGUGAGAUUUUUUUCAAAAAUAUUUUAUAUUUUAGUAUCGCGUUAUUCUGUAUAAACUCCGUAGAGAAAUCAAUAGAAAAUAAAGAUGAUCUGUUUUUUGUUUAGGAAUAAAAUAAAUACGCGUUCAUCCGAUUGCAUAUUUGUAUGAAGAGAGAAAAGCGGUUCACAUAUCUUACCGCUCAUUAUGUUGUCGACACAUAGGAAGAUGCGCGGAUUAACGGCUACGUUAUCUCAGUUGAAAUGAGGCACCUCCCUUUUCUUUUCACUUAUAAAGUACAAUAAUAUUUUUAAUGAAAUUAAUAAUACUUGAGAAUCUAAAUUUCGAUACCUUACGACUUAGAUGUACUCGAUUUAUUUAUCAUUAUACAUUGCUUAGGAAAAGUUGAUUACGUGUGAUUAUAUUAAAUCAUUUAUUGUGUUGAAGAAUGUGUACAUAAUCUACUUUGAUCGCACACUUAAUAAACAAGAAUCAUUAAUAAUCCCAAAGCUACCUUUUAAAAAAACCUAAGCAUAUUUUAUAUGAAAAUAGUAAUGUAUAGGCAUAUUUUAAUUGUAUAUAGUGCUUAAUAUCGAUGAAACUAAUAAGAAUGUGUAGUAUAGCUUGUAAAUUCGGUUAACGAUAUUGCGGCACCAAGUAUCUUGUACAAAAUAUUAUAUUAACUAAUGCAACUCUUGUUACAAUUUAUUUGCUACGCGACGUAUUUUUAAAGCAAACUGUAAAUGUUAAGAUCUGAUCUAAUGUGUAAAUCGAUAUUACACUGUAUUGUGUAUGUGUGCCCAUUCUAUUUUGCAACUAAGAAAUUUAUUACGGUAUUAAAUUAACGGUUAAAAUAACUGGUUUUUUUUACAUUUAUUUUAUGCUGCAUAAUGUAGUAUAUUAGUUCUUUAAAAUUGUGUACACGACUUUCAUAUAUUCAGCGGCAAAUUACUGUAAAUGUUCUUGUUAAAUAUUUUCUAUUGUAUCUUUUGAGGAAGAUACAACUCUACUUAAUGUAUUUUACAUAACUGUAUUUAAUUAACGGCCGCAAAAUAAUAUGUACCGUUGUUUUUAAUUAUAUUUCCAUAUUAAUAAUUAGGACAUAAUAUGCAUCAUUAUAUGUAUAGCCAGUGUGCGUGAACCUUUUUGGGUUAUUGUACAGCUAUGUACAUAAACUCAGUCUACUUUGAAAAUGAUGUUCGUAUACCAAGCUGAAUACCUCAUAGUAUCUAUGAAGGUGUAAACGCUGCUUUUACGUCAAUAAAAAAUAAUAUUACAUUUA